AUGUCAUCAACAAAAGCAAAGAGCACGGGAAGCCUCCCGUCGGCAGCAGAAAUUGAUGCCCAGAGCUCCUUGAGUGGGCUGAAACGAGACUCUGAAGUCUUUGAAUCCGAUGAGGAAUUGACCACUUCUUCGGCUUCGUCAAUAUACGCACCCACAUUGAGAAGGAGCGACUCCAGUCUGUCUGUGUCGUUCAUUGACUUGUCCAAGCUACUCUUUGUCAAUGACUUUGACUUUGGCUUGAAUUUGGAUAGCGUCAGUGGCUCCACGAAGAAGAGGUUCCAAGAUAUGAAGUUGAAGACCAAGCAGAAAUUCAGCAAGUACAACAAGAGACCCAUGAGGGACAUUGAGCUUAACAAUCUACAGGAGAAAAUCAAUAAGCAGUUACAGAAGUUCGACCAAAGACUCCAGAAGAAUUUGCAAAGCUCCUCCACGGAGAAGUUAUUCUAUGCUUUGGCAGUCUUUUCAAUCGCUACCUCGGGGUUUGUCAUUGGGAAGUAUCCAACAUACUUCCCUCUUUACCAUACCAUUCUUUUAGCAUUGUUAAUGCCAAUCAGAUUCUACACCUACUUCAAGCAAUCCUUCCAGUACUUUUUGGCUGAUUUGUGCUACUACGUGAACCUCUUGCUUAUGGCGUUUAUCUGGGUAUUCCCCGAUUCCACGUCAUUGUUUGUGUCUACCUUCGCAUUAUCCAUGGGUACUUUGUCGUUUGCGGUAAUUACAUGGAGAAAUUCUCUUGUUCUUCAUUCCAUUGAGAAGACCACCAGUUCUUUUAUUCACGUUAUGCCUCCGGUAACUAUGUUUGUUAUCGUUCACGAAUUACCAGAAGAUUUUAUCAAGGUUAGGUACCCGGCAGUGGCCAGUAUUGAUAGCUGGAACUUUGUCAACGGUAUUCUUUGGACUUCGUUCUACUAUACUCUUUGGCAAGUUUGCUACCACUACUUCAUCACCAUCCGCAAGAAGAAGGAAAUUCUGAACGGUAGAGUCACGUCGUUUACAUUCUUGAAAAAGAAGAACAGUAAGAGUACCUUGGGAAGGUGGGUCAAUUCUCUCCCUUAUCUUUGGAUGCAAACAGCUGCGUUCACGUUGAUUCAAUUCGGAUACCAAAUCUUGACCAUGAGUUUCUGUCCAAUCUGGUUCAAGUACAAGCACUUAUGUGGAGCUUUUGUGUCCACAAUCUUCAUUUGGGCAAGUUACAACGGAGCAACAUACUACAUCGAUGUUUUCGGCAAGAGAUUAGAGAAGGAGGCUGCAAGAUUAAAGGAAGAAGUACUUCAUCUCCAGCAAGAGAACGAGAAAUUACAGUCCAAGCUCCCUAUAACGGCCUCCAAAGUGGGCCACGGGCUCUACCAGCGGCUCUUCUCCACAUCCAGAAUUGGUUUCCAAGAAUCCAACAAAAAAGUAAAGGAGCAUGUUGACUUUUUAUCCAAAUACUACUCGCCAGAGUUGUUACAAAGUAUCAAGAUCACUGAAUCCUUGGUGGACCCACAAGAGAUCCUUGACUUGAAAAAGAAAGGCUUCAGAGCUUUCUCCAAGGUGGCUCCAACUCAAGAGUCUUCCGACUACGCAUUGACCGACGCCAAAUGGGAAGAACCGGUUGUUUUCCCUAACCAAGCAAAGCAAAGCUCUCCAUAUCCUGAAAUUCCUCAAAUAGCUAGUGCUGAUAGAAGUGAUUUGAAGAUAAGAUUCAAAGAAGGAGGCCCAGGCAAAAGAGUGUUCCAAAGAGACAACUUGGCUGGAGACAUCGCCAAGUUGACCGGUUUGGAAGAAAACUACAUCAAGUCAUUAUACGUUCGUCCUAUCAUUAUGAAGAGAGUGUCUAACAAGACCUCCAAGGGUAACAUUCCAAGUUUCUUUGUCAUGACCAUUGUGGGUGACAAGAAGGGUACUAUUGGUUUGGGUAUCGGUAAGUCCAGAGAUGGUGUCAGAGUGGCUGCACGUAAAGCCCACUGGAAUGCCAUCAAGAACCUUACCCCCAUCCCAAGAUACGAAGAAAGAACCGUGUUGGGUGAUGUCGAGUACAAAUACCAUGCUGUGAAGUUGUUCAUCAAGUCCGCCCCUGCCGGGUUCGGAUUGAGAGUGAACAGAAACAUCUUCGAGGUUUGCCAGGCCGCAGGGAUCAAGGAUCUUAGAGGAAAGGUCUACAAGUCUAGAAACCCAGUCUUGGUGGUCAAGGGAUUCGUGGAAGCCUUGACCAAGCAAAGAUCCAUUGAGGACUUGGCUGCUGGUAGAGGUAAGAAGAUUGUGGAUUUGAGAAAGGUUUAUUAUUCCAAUUAG